CAGUUGGUGUUCAAACUGUUGAAUAAAAGGAGAUAUAAGGGAAUAGCAGGCAGAACCAGGACUGAGGAGGACGAGAUCAGCCAUGUUUCUGUGGACCUGAAGAGAGCUCAGCAGGGAGAAAAUAUGGCGACUCUGAAAAAGAUCCUCUUCAGAACUUUAGAACAAUUGGGGAAAGAGGACUUUGAAGAAUUCAAGUGGCACCUGCAGCUGAAGGUCCUAGGAUUUGAAGGAAUCCCAAAGAGUCGACUAGAGGAUGCAAGUCGGACGCAAACUGUGGACCAUAUGUUUCUGAACUACGGCAUUAACACUAUUGAAGUGACCAGAAACGUUUUGAAGGAGAUGAAUCAGAAUCUUCUGGAGGAGAAAUUAUCAGAAAUUCCAUCAGAACCGACAGAGAUUCAUUCAGAGAUUCAUUCAGAGAGUCUUAUUCAGUGCCAAGGGAACCUCAAAUUCAAAGUGAAGAAAAUCAUAAAAACGGGUAAUUCAAGACCUCUAAAUGAAAUCUACACGGAGAUCUACAUCACCAUGGGAGAACCUACAGCUGAAGAGCAUGAGGUCAGACAGAUUGAAACAGCAUCCAGGAAACCAGACGGACCAGAAACAACCAUCAGACAAGAAGACAUCUUUAAAUCCUCACCUGGAAGAGAUGCACCAAUCAGAGUGAUGACAAAGGGAGUGGCUGGCAUUGGGAAAACAGUCUUAACACAGAAGUUCACUCUGGACUGGGCUGAAGGCAAAGCCAACCAGGACAUCCAGUUCACAUUUCCAUUACCUUUCAGAGAGCUGAAUAGGCUGAAGAAAAAUUACAGCUUGGUGGAACUUGUUCAUUACUUCUUCACUGAAACCAGAGACGCAGGAAUCUGCAGGUUUGAUCAGUUCUCGGUUGUGUUCAUCUUUGACGGUCUGGAUGAGUGUCGACUUCCUCUGGACUUCCACAACACUGACAUCCUGACUGAUGUCACAGAGUCCACCUCAGUGGAUGUGCUGCUGACAAACCUCAUCAGGGGGGAGCUGCUUCCCUCUGCUCGCAUCUGGAUAACCACACGACCUGCAGCAGCCAAUCAGAUCCCUCCUGAGUGUCUGGACAUGGUGACAGAGGUCCGAGGGUUCACUGGCCCACAGAAGGAGGAGUACUUCAGGAAGAGAUUCAGAGAUAAGAAGCAGGCCGACACCAUCAUCUCCCACAUCAAGACCUCACGAAGCCUCCACAUCAUGUGCCACAUCCCAAUCUUCUGCUGGAUCUCUGCUUCAGUUCUGGAGAAAGUGUUGAAAACCAGAGAGGGAGGAGAACUGCCCAAGACCCUGACUGAGAUGUUCAUCCACUUCCUGGUGAUUCUAUGCAAACUGAGGAACGUCAAGUAUGAUGGAAAAAGUGAGACAGAUCCACACUGGAGUCCAGAGACCAGGAAGAUGACAGAGGCUCUGGGAAAACUGGCUUUUGAGCAGCUGCAGAAAGGCAACCUGAUCUUCUAUGAUCACGACCUGACAGACUGUGGCAUCGAUAUCACAGAAGCCUCAGUGUACUCAGGAGUGUUCACACAGGUUUUUAGAGAGGAGAGCGGACCGUACAAGGACACGGUGUUCUGCUUCGUCCAUCUGAGCGUUCAGGAGUUUCUGGCUGCUCUUCAUGUCCAUCUGACCUUCAUCAACUCUGGAGUCAACCUGCUGGCAGAAGAAUCAACAAUCUCCUGGCUGCUUCAAGUAUUCAGACCUCAACCAACACUAACACAUCUCUACCAGAGUGCUGUGGACAAGGCCUUACAGAGUCCAAACGGACACCUGGACUUGUUCCUUCGCUUCCUCCUGGGUCUUUCACUGCAGACCAAUCAGAAACUCCUACAUGGCCUGCUGACAGAAACAGGAAGUAGCUCAGAGAUCGACCAGAAAACAGUUGAGUACAUCAAGAAGAAGAUAAAUGAGAACCCGUCUCCGGAGAGAAGCAUCAACCUGUUCCACUGUCUGAAUGAACUGAAUGAUAGUUCUCUAGAGGAGCAGAUCCAACAGUACCUGAGUUCAGGAAGUCUCUCUGAAGAUAGACUGUCUCCUGCUGAGUGGUCAGCUCUGGUCUUCAUCUUACUGUCAUCAGGAAAAGAUCUGGACGUCUUUGACCUGAAGAAAUACUCUGCUUCAGAGAAGGCUCUUCUGAGGCUGCUGCCAGUGGUCAAAGCCUCCAGGAAAGCUCUGCUGAGUGGCUGUAAGCUGUCAGAGAGUAGCUGUGAAGCUCUGUCCUCAGUCCUCAGCUCCCAGUCCUCUAGUCUGAGAGAGCUGGACCUGAGUAACAACGACCUGCAGGAUUCAGGAGUGAAGCGGCUGUCUGCUGGACUGGAGAGUCCACACUGUGAACUGGAGACUCUCAGUCUCUCAGGCUGUAUGGUCACAGAGGAAGGCUGUGUCUCUCUGGCUUCAGCUCUGAGCUCCAACCCCUCCCAUCUGAGAGAGCUGGACCUGAGUAACAACGACCUGCAGGAUUCAGGAGUGAAGCGGCUGUGUGCUGGACUGGAGAGUCCACACUGUGAACUGGAGACUCUCAGUCUCUCAGGCUGUAUGGUUACAGAGGAAGGCUGUGUCUCUCUGGCUUCAGCUCUGAGCUCCAACCCCUCCCAUCUGAGAGAGCUGGACCUGAGCUACAAUCAUCCAGGAGACUCAGGAGAGAAGCUGCUGUCUGCUGGACGUGAGGAUCCACUCUGGAGACUGGAGACACUCAGGCUGGACCAUGGUGGAGAGCAGUGGUUAAAACCAGGUGUGAGGAAGUGUGACGACAGCAUCCUGGAGCCUCUGAGUUUCCCGGAGCAGCCGCCUGAUGCUCCCGGUGUCCCCGGUGAGGAGCUGCUGGUCUGUCUCUUCUGUCCCGACUCAGAGAGACAGAAAGACGUCCUCCUCAAACACCUGCUGCUGGAGCACAAGCUGGUCAUCGCAGACGUCAAACUCAUCGCUGACCUCCCAAAGUACUUGGUGUUCUGGAGAGGACGGUUCCUGGAACAGCCCAUCACAGAUUUCUGCAGCGUCAUCAAAACUAACUCCACCGGCCCCAUAGAGAAGCAGGAGGACUACUUCCUGCUGUGUGACGUCCUCCCAGAGGAUCGAGUCCUCAGAGAGAAGCUGCAGCAGAAACGUCUGGAGGAGGUGUUGGAGCAGCAGCAGCAGGAGAGAGAGGACAGAAGCUUCCAGCGCGUCUGCAUGUUCUGCAGCGACGAGUUCUCCGGAAACAGAUUUGCGUUUCUACGACCAGGUGAAGCUGGUGAACUUCCUCCGCCGUCAGCUCCAUCAGAGCCGCUGCUACGGCUGCCAGGAAACGUUCAGCUGCAGACAGGAAGUCCUCCGACACCUGAAGGAGGCGGGACAUGUGAUGCAGCUUCCUCACAAGUCCACCUGGAACCAGCCUCAAGGAUGAGGAGGAGGAAGAGUCGUCCAGGAACAGGAAGUCUUCUACCUGCAGGACCCUCGGCUCUUCAGCAUCGAUUUGAGGACGGAGUUCUGUUUCAAAGCUCGAAGGUUGGAAACGUCCUCUGAGAUCACCGGGACAUCUUCGCUGACGUUACGCUCGUCUUCAUCACCGUCAGACAGCGUGCAGAGGAGGGCGUCGUUCUCAUACGUGGGGAAGUAAUACCUGAGGAGAGAGGACUCUUUAAAGUAGAGACACUACAUACUGAUAUACACCUGAACAUCAGCAGGAGA